GCAAUGCACAGAACUACCAGUGGAUUGGACUAAGUGACCGAGCAGUGGAAGAUGACUUUCGCUGGUCUGAUGGACAUUCUCUUCAAUAUGAGAACUGGCGACCUAACCAGCCCGAUAACUUUUUUGACAAAGACGAAGACUGUGUAGUAAUGAUCUGGCAUGAGAAGGGGGAAUGGAAUGAUGUCCCUUGCAAUUACCACCUGCCCUUCACUUGCAAAAAAGGAACAGUUUCCUGUGGAGACCCUCCCGCAGUUGAGAAUGCCAGGCACUUUGGCAAAAAGAAAGACCGCUAUGAGAUCAACGCUUUGGUGCGCUACCAGUGCAAUCAGGGUUACAUACAGCGGCACGUGCCUAUCGUCCGAUGCCAAUCAAAUGGGCAAUGGGAAGAGCCUCGGAUAGCCUGUAUAGACUCCUCCACCUAUAAACGUAGACUACACAAGAGAAGUUCACGGUCCCGAUCAAGGACCAAUGGAAAGAUGACGGCAUGA